AUGGAUACUAGAGGGAAAUCUUCUUCUAAUGGAAAGGAUGGAGAUGGGAUAGUUUUAUUACCAGGGUUUCGAUUUCAUCCUAUGGAUGAAGAACUUAUUACUCAUUACUUGUCUCCGAAAGUAAUUGACAGAGAUUUCACUGCUAUAGCCAUUGGUGAUGUUGAUCUUAACCAAGUUGAACCAUGGGAUUUGCCUAGGAAAGCGAAAAUGGGUGAAAAGGAAUGGUAUUUCUUCUGUUUGAGGGAUAAGAAAUACCCAACUGGUUUGAGAACAAACAGAGCAACUGCUGCUGGUUAUUGGAAGGCGACAGGAAAAGACAAGGAGAUUUUAGGGGGACAACAUCAAUCCAUCAUAGGAAUGAAGAAAACUCUUGUGUUCUACAAAGGAAGAGCACCCAAAGGUGAGAAAACCAAUUGGGUCAUGCAUGAAUACAGAUUGGAAGGAGAACAUUCUCUUCAGAAUCUUCCUAAAUAUGUUAAGAAUGAUUGGGUGAUUAGUAGAGUUUUUCAGAAAAAUUCAUCUGGGAAGAAAAUACCAUAUUCUCAUCCAACACAUGUGCCCUGCUUCUCCAAACUUAUGGAAGUUCAAGGAAUCUGUUCGUCUUCAAAUUCUAUGAUGAACCCACCACCGAUGAAUUCGAUGUAUACAUCGACAUCGAAUCCUGUUCAGAAUUGGUCGAAUCUGCAAUACCCGAGUCUGGUUAUGAACAUUGAGAUGAACAAUGUGAAUGGUAUCAGUGCAAACUAUGUUGAAAAGAAUGAGGUGGAAAAUGGAGGAGUUAGAAAUGAUGAUGAUCGUGAUGAUGUUAAGAUGAAUUUGAGUGGACAAUUGGAUCUUGAUCGAAUGUGGUUUCGUUACUGA